CCUAUUUCAGUCACCAAUUGGUGCGAUUCUCUCUCGCAGCAGUAAGCUGCUUUAUUCAUUUUUCGGGAGGAACAUGAGUUUCACUGGCCCUUCCGCUGCCGCUUCUGCUGCUGGGAGAACUUUUGACUUUGGACGGACGUAUGUGGUCAGGCCCAAAGGUAAACACCAAGCGACCAUAGUGUGGCUACAUGGCCUUGGUGACAACGGCAAUAGCUGGUCUACUCUCUUGGAAACCCUUCCACUUCCGAAUAUAAAGUGGAUCUGCCCAACUGCUCCUCAACGACCAGUAACUUUAUUUGGAGGCUUUCCAUCAACUGCUUGGUUUGAUGUGAAUGACCUUUCAGAAAAUGCUAAUGAUGAUGUACACGGUUUGGAAGCUUCAGCUACAUAUGUUGCAAGCUUAUUGGCUAAUGAACCUGCUGAUAUAAAACUUGGUGUUGGAGGCUUCAGUAUGGGUGCGGCAACCUCCCUAUACUGUGCUACUUGUUUUGCUCGAGGGAAAUUUGAGAAUGGCAACCAGUUUUCCCAAAAUAUAAGUGCUGUUGUUGGAUUGAGCGGUUGGCUUCCAUGCGCAAAGACUCUAAGUUCCAAAUUAGAAGGUGUGGCUGAGGCUUCUGGACGUGCUGCAUCCUUACCCAUUCUGCUUUGUCAUGGCAAAGGGGAUGAUGUAGUUGCUCAUAAAUUUGGUGAGAAGUCAGCAGAAGCUAACUUCUACUGGAUUUCGAGAUGCUUGGUCACUAUACUCUUCCAGAGGAAAUGGAUGACCUUUGUGUUUGGCUAUCUUCCAAAAUGGGACUGGAUGAUGAACAUUGUUUGA